AAGGCUCGCGCCCUUGAGUCAUCUCACCUCGAAGUACACAAGCGACUUGGCCUGGGAAAGCACGCACGCACUCACGCGGAGUCGUGUAACUUGAAAGCAGAUGGGACCAGAACCAGCUGGGAAGUGUUUCCCGUAGCUCAUAAGAAACCUCCGCUGUCCUAUCCUCUUCUGGCCAUGGCCCAUGGUCUUCCCCUUCUCUGUUGUGUGUCUGAGGGCCGUCAAGCUGGCUUCUCUAUGACAACCUCCUCAUCCUGUUUUCACCCUCUUUUGUUGUCAACUCUCCUAUCAUGGUUCGCUCAAUCCUGUUGGGGGUUGCCAUCAUCGAAGCUGUUGCUCAUGGCUUGAUGUUUGCCGUCUCCAAGACAUCAUCAGGCACAACAGCUGCCUCCCUGGGACAUGGCUGGAGUCCACGGCCAACAGCUCCCCCACCCAAUCUGGAGCUUCUGAAGCGGCAAGCUUCCAAUGAGGAGACCUAUUACAUAGCUAGCGACAACACUUGCGGCUUCAUUGAAGCAAGUAAAGAUACUCCCUUUGACUGCUAUGGAGAAUCAAAUACGUGUUAUAUGGUUGUACGGCCAGGCUUCUACGCUGGUUGGGGCUGCAUCUCACAACUCAGAAAGGGGGUUGCAACACGGUGUUAUGACAAUGAUACCAUGUCCGCCUGCGAUGCUGAGUGCAUGUUGAACGGAGACAAUCUUUUCUGUACCGAGACUGUGUUAUUUGGCGACCACUGUAACACCUUUCAGAUGUACCCGUCAUUUACCCACUACCAAUGCGCGUCGAGCGACCAUGCACUUAUCUCUGUCUACGUGACUUAUAGUGGAAUGACUAGUGGUCUCUCCUUCUCUACUCUCAUCAGCACUUUGGUGGAUCCAGCCCCGACAAGCCAGUCAUCCAGCCUCGAGUCUUCUCAAACUUUACACGAAUCAUCAGCACAGGCUACUCAACCCCCUCCCGAAUCAUCAACACAACCUGCCCGGACAUCAUCCGAGACAUCCAACACCUCUCCAGUAUUCGACACGUCCCAGGCAUCCAGCACGUCCCAGACACCCACCACGUCUCAGACAUCACUUACAUUUCAAACGCACCACACAUCACAGUCCCAUACAUCCCCGCCCUAUACUUCCCAGCCGCAUACCCCUCAGGAAUCGUUUGGGUCCCAAACAAAUAAUUCGACAGCUGGUGGCACUUCUCCAGCACCCUCUUCGCCCAGUGCGACUGGGGCCGGCUCAGGGUCAAUCACCCCGACUGGUCCUAUUGUUGGAGGCGCUGUGGGUGGCACUGCCUUCCUCUUCUUUGUGGGCUUUGGCAUAUUCUUCUUCCACAGACAGAAAAAGACUCAACCGCCUCCCAUGCAACAAAAGCCUUCCGGUGGUGCUCUUGAGAGCGUAGCCUACCCAGAUACGCCAGCCCCGCCUCUAACCGAUCAAUCGUAUCCCACGCCGCCUCCUGGCCCUGCCUACCCAACCCCCCCUCCAGGCCAGCUUCAGGAGCUUCCCUCGACGCAGCUUCAAAUGUCCCCUUCACAGAAUUUUCAUGAACUCCCCCCAACAUAUCUCCAGAUGUCGCCUCCCCAACAGUUUCCGGAACUUUCCUCGCAGCAAUUCCAAGAAUUUCCCCCACAUCAGCUUCAGGAACUUGCCUCACAACAAUAUCCUAACCUUGCUCCCCAGCAGCUGCAUGAGUUAUCCCCGCAGCAACAAUAUAGCCAGCUUCACUCUCAGCCCAUCAACUACAGUGGUGCACCACCGAUCAUGACAGCUGCCGGUCAGUCAGUACACAGACAAUCCACGAGCAGCCCCGUCUCCAGCCCAAUGGCCCACUCCCACACCGACAGCCGCACGGGCAAUUUUUCGCCCCUAUCCUCGAGUCCAUUGUCGACCGCAACCUCCCAGUUUUACCCUCAAAACCAGCAGAAAUAUCAACCGCAGCUAUAUCAACAGCAACAUCAACAGCAUGACUACCACCACCAUCCGACACAGAGCCCCGGCAGCACUUACCCUUAUAACAGCACCUCACCUCCACUUUAUCCCAGCCCGGGACCACCGAAUCACCCACGCCCCGGGCACGAAGCAGACGGUAGCCAGAUGCAUGAGAUAGGGCCGCAGUGACGGCGGUCUAUUCAAAAUAUGGGUGGGGGGGGGGAGGUUUCAUUUCUCUUUCGGGUCUUCGCCCGUUCCCAAAAACCGAAAGAUUAAGUGG